ACCAAGCGAGUCAGGCAUGGAGUGAAUUCGGGAAGAAAUAGUGUUAAAAAGUGUGGAAAUCUAAGUGAAACAAAUAAAUAAAUCAAGUGCUGGGCUUUUGGUGAGUGUUACGGUAUGUGAAGUGAUCGAAAUCGAGUGCGUUUCGCUAUACCAGAGGGGCUUCGAAGAAAAAGCGUAUUUAGUGCGUUGUGUGCAAAAUGAGGCUAAGGCGGCUGUGUUUUUUUGUGAAAUAGUGUUGUGUCGGCCAAAAGACAACAUUUUCCUAAUGUGGUGUUUAAGGCAAAAUGGUGAGAGAGACUAGACAUCUUUGGGUUGGAAAUUUACCCGAAAAUAUAAGAGAAGAUAGAAUUCGUGAACAAUUUAAAAGGUAUGGCCGCGUGCAGAGCGUCAAAUUGUUGCCGAGGGUUACCGAGGAGAAAACGGGCGAGGUCUCGAUGGCGUGCACGGUGGCGUUCAUGGACAUCAAAAGUGCGUCCAAGGCGCACAUGUCCGAGCUCAAGAUCGACGACAGGACCUUGAACACCGAGUACUACGAGCCGGCCGCCAUUCCGUCCGCUGCCACGCCGCAGACCGCCGCCAACCUGUCGCCCUACGCCACCUCGCCCGCCACCAACCGAUUUCCAAACGGCCAUGGGUCGACAGACGAGCACGGACCGCCGUUCACGGAGCGAUUCUACGAGCGCGGCGCGUCGCGCGUCCCCUCGGACGGCGGCGUGCCUAGCGUCGGCGUCGGCUCUGUCGGCGGCGUCGGCGCCGUUCCCGCCGCCGGCGCGGGCGGGCCGACGAUCGGCGCCAACGGACCUGUCGGCGGCGGCGGCGGCGGCGAUUUUCUGCGGCGCGCCGCCUACGCGGAGGCGGCGCGCGGGCGCAUCAGGGACCGGCCCUUUCGGAACGGGCCCUACAAUCCGCUGAUGGACCGCCAUCGGCCGAUUAGCAGCGCGUGGGGCGGCUCGACGGGCGGCGGCGCGGUCUACCCGCCCGAAACGAAUUCGAACAGUAGUAGGUAUGUAGGAGUAGGUGGAGGAGUUGGAGCGGGUUCGGGGCCGGCACCCGUCGGCUGCCAGCAGACUGAAACGACAGGGUACGCGACGCCGGUAACUGAAGGCGUCGAAAGGCGAAAUUCCGACGCGCAGUCCAAAAAGUCCAAGACGAAGUCCAGGAGCGGCUCGAGAACGCCCAGCCCGUCGGCCAGCACGACCAGCAGAUCUCCAUCCAGGUCGAGGUCGCGGAGCAGCAGCAGCUCCUCGUCUUCAACGACGAGUCGCGCGACGUCGACGUCGACGUCGUCGCCCAAGUCGCGCCGGCUCACCGCGAACGCGAACCACAACCAGUCGGUGGUGCAUUCGGACGACAAGAGGCCGCUCGCGAUAUGCGUGAAAAAUCUGCCGCUGAGAUCGUCGGACACUUCGUUGAAAGACGGCCUGUUUCACGAGUACAAAAAGCACGGAAAAGUGACGUGGGUGAAGGUCGUGGGCCAGAAUGCCGACCGGCACGCCAUCGUUUGUUUUAAGAAGCCCGAAGAUGUCGACAAGGCGAUCGAGGUCAGCUACGAUAAGCUGUUUUUCGGGCACAAGAUCGAGGUGGCGCCCUACCAGGGCUACGACGUCGUAGACAACGACCAGCGGCCGUACGAGGCGGAACUGGACGAGUACCACCCGAAAGCCACGCGCACCCUGUUCAUCGGCAACCUGGAGAAGGACAUGACCGCCUCGGACCUGCGAAAGGUGUUCGAUCAGUUCGGCGAGAUCAUCGAGAUCGACAUCAAGAAGCAGGGCACGCACACCUCGUACGCCUUCUGCCAGUACUCGGACAUCUUCAGCGUGGUGAAGGCCAUCAGGAAGAUGGACGGGGAGCACGUCGGCCAGAACCGCGCCAAGCUGGGCUUCGGCAAGUCCAUGCCGACGAACUGCGUGUGGGUGGACGGCAUCGCCGACAACGUCAACGAAAAGUACCUGAAGAUGCAGUUCGAGCAGUUCGGAGUCAUCAGCAAAGUGCACGUGGACCGUGAUAAGGGCCAAGCGCUGGUCUUCUACGAGCAGGUGGUGAGCGCGCAGACGGCGGUAAACAAGAUGAGGGGCUUCAACCUGAAGAACCAACGCAUCCAGGUGGACUUCGCCAGUCGCGAGUGCCAGGAGUCCUUUUUCGAGCACCUGGAAAAGCAGGGCGCCGUUCUGGAACGCACUGCAGUCUUUCAGGAGGAAGUGCGAAGGGACUCGACGUCCAGGAGCUUCGACUCAACCACCAAUAGGUACGACACGCCGACUCGUCCGCGAGCCUCUUCGUACAGCAGCCGUUCGAGCGCCACAGCUAGUCAGAUAACGUCGGCGCUGCCGUCGCCCGGCACGCCGGGCAGCGUGACGCCCCGCGGCGCCGGCGGCAACCGGGCGCGCAUCGCCCGCUUCGACUACUACGACGCGGCCGGCGCGGACUACGCGGACGCGCGCGCCCCCUUCCGCUCGUACGACGAGUACAGCCAGGGCUCGCCGGCCUCGCACGACGACUACGAUCCCGAGUACUACAUCCACAGUCCGCCGCCGCACGCCGCCGACCCGCUGCUGCCGCCGGCGGACCUAGGCCCCACCUUUCACCAGCCCGACAUCAGGAAUCUGCAGAAGGAAAGGGUGCAUCUUUUGGAACAGCUGGAAGAGUGUCCGAGCAGCGGCGACGAACUGAUCAGUCCGAAGAAGCGGCUGCGCUUGGACCUCGACGGCGCGAUCGGCGAGGUGAUCAUCGAGGCGAACAAGGAUCACCGCAAGGUGAUGGAGGUGCGGCGUCUCAGCGACGCGACCUCGAACAAGCACCACGGCGCGUCGCGGCGCCCCUCCGUCGACUCGGGCAAGCACGUCACCGCCUCCUAUCUACCUCACGCGGUCUGCAAGCGCAGGAAGACCGCCGGCAGCGACAGCUCGUCGCGCGUGCACCACUACGACCACUCCGGCUCGGAGAGCGUGGGCGGCUCGCGGCCCGGCACGCCGCUGUGCGACGAGCGCCCCGAGAACUUCCAGCCGUCCGAGCCGCGCAGGGUGCCGCGCGAGCGCGAGGGCCCCCUCACGCUCCCCCUGCCGCGAUUCGCCGCCCAGAUCAUGAACCGGGGGAGGGUCUCCGUGGCGGGGAUCAAGGGCCAAGACACAAUCCUAUCUCUGUCGAGCCCGCCGAGGAUAUCGAACCCUCGGCCUCCGAGCCCGGUGCAGUUCGUGCCGCCGCCGGCCAGCCCGCCCCCGCGGCCGCCGUCGCUCUCCUCCAACGACAGCGACGACGGCGGCGCCAGCCCGAGCUUGGAGGAGCGCAUCAAGGACCUGGACGUGCGGUACGAGCAGUGGUCGGGGUCGCGCGUGAUACACUCGGUGCGCAACGCCGCCGAGGCGCCGCCGCCGGUCGAGAAGAAGUUCCGGAUCAAGAGCGCCGUGCUGGACGGCGACAUGAACGCGGUGCCGCCGUCGGACAUCGUCAAGUCGGUGCUGGCCAAGCGGUCCGUCUUCGACGAGGACCUCAAAAGGCUGGAGAACGUCGGCGAGAAGUACGAGCCGAAGGAUUUCGGCACGAUCCCCAGGGCGGCGGCGGCGGCGGCGGCGGCGCCUGCGCCCCAGCCUGCUCCCGCGCCUCUUGUCGUUCCUGCGAGCGUUACGUUACUAUCGUCGGUACCUGUGCUGCAACUUAUUGUGCCGCCACCCGCGCCACUCAAGUUGACGCCAACACCUCAGGCCGCCAUGCUGUCACCCAGAUCUUCAGCAACGACGAUACCGGCAGCUAAGGGACUGCAGUACCCGUUCCCGAGCCACCCGCCGAUCCAGACGCCGCCCCAGACGGCCACGCAACCCCCUCUACCACCACCACCACCACCGCCGUCGUCUUCUCUGUGCAGUAGUGUAACGUCGCCGCAGCCGGCACACGGUGAAAACAGACUGAAAUCGUGUGAAAGCGCGUCGACGUCGACGACCACCCCCGCCACCACCACCACCGCAACCAGUGCUAACAAAGUGAUCCACAGCAGUGCGUCGACGACGACGUCGACGGCCACGUCGACGCCGUCGUCGAAGACUUUAUCGGUGAACAUUCCGAGCAAGAGUGACGCGAGUGCGGACAAUCGCAUCGAGAAGGCGCGACUGGAGAGCGAGCGCCUGGAGAAGGAGAAGGCCGAGAAGGAGCGCGUCGAGAGGGAGCGCCUCGAGAAGGAGAAACAGGAGAAGGAACGCCUGGACAAGGAAAAACUGGAGAAGGAGCGCUUGGAGCGCGAGAGCGAGCUCGAGAAGGAGCGCCUGCAGAAGGAGCGCAUAGAGAAGGAGCGGUUGCUGGAGCUGGAACGCAAGGAGCGCGAGAAAAGCGAGCGUCUGGAGAAGGAGCGCAAAGAGAAGGCGCGCCGCGAGCAGGAAGACAAAGAGAGGAGGGAGCGCAAGGAAGAGUUGGAAAAAAUCGAAAAAGCGAAACGCGAGCAGGAGAGGAGCAAACACAAAGAGGAGCACAGGCACCGCGACAACCACCACAACUUCUACGAGAAACCGGCGAAAGAAAAGUCCGAGAGGGAGGACGAGAGGCGGAAAGAAAGUAUAAAAGAAAAUCGCGACAACAACAUCCACGACAAACACAAGGUGAUCGCGGACGUGAAAGUGGAAGUCAAGGAGAAGACGAUGAUCGAAAGUCGGCACAUGUCCAUCGACACCGACAAAAAGUCCUUCGAGAACUCUCUAUUCGGAAAGGACCCCAGCAAGAGGAAAGAACGCAACAACAGUUUACCGGCAACUCUGGGAAAGCGGAGGAUGAGCUCGCACGAGAGCAGCCUCGACGGUCCGGAGGAACACAAGAGGAUCAAACUCGAUCACAAGAAGGUUUCCGAGCGGAGGGACUCGAAAGACAGCACGCGAUCCUCGGAGGACAAGAUGAGAAGCAAACACAAAAACAACUCCCUCAAACACGACAAACACAACAAUACCAAAGAAUCCGACGAGAAGCGCAAGGAGAAGGAGCGCGAAGAGCGGCACAAGAAACACAAGCUGGAGAAGCUCGAGAAGCAGAAAAUCAAGAGCAAAAGUCGAGAGAAGGAGUCUCCCACCGCACCCAAAAGUCCAAUAACCGAUAAAGACUUCUUAUUACGUCUGGAUCUGCGGUCCAACGAAGAGCAGCGUCCUAAAGAAGAACCGCGGUCGAAAGAAGAACACCGCCCCAAAGAGGAACAUCGCCCUAAAGAAGAACACCGCCCUAAAGAAGAACACCGCCUCAAAGAGGAACAUCGUCCUAAAGAAGAACAACGUUCGAACGAACAGCGUUCCAAAGAGGAACAGCUGCGGAAAGAUUUGAAGGAGAAGCGCAAAGACAGCACGGAGGAGGAGAGGCGCGAUAGAAAGGAGAAGCGUAAAGAGGAACCCACGACUCCAAAAUCCAGCGGUGAAGAGAGAAGCAAGUGCAUCAAAAAAGAGCCGCAUCGCAUACGGAAGAUGACGAACAGUUCCGAUAGCGACGACAGCGACGCGCCCAAAAAGCACUCGAUUUUCGACGUGGUCGACGAUACGCCCGCGUACAUCUCCAUGUACGACAAAGUGAAGGCGAGGAGCUGCAAGAACAUGCAGAAGCAGGAGGAGGAGAAGCGGCAGGAGAAGAUCAAGGCCAAGUUCAGUCAGCUGAAGCAGAGUCGGGCGAAACGCGAGGAGAAGAAGAGAUCGACCUCGUGGGACGAGGAUUCGGACUCGGAUCCGGACAAAAGCGAGUUCAAACUGAAAAGAUCGUCGAAGAUGUGCAUCGUGAGUUCCGACGACGACGGUCGCGAGAAAUCGCGCAAAACCGACUCGGACUCCGACCGCCACAACAAGCAGAAGUUCGAGCAGAUUUCCGACGACGAUUUGAUGAGGAGCAAGAAUCAUUACAAGUCGAAAUCAAGGAUCAGCGACACCUCCGACGACGACUACCACAAAAUGAAGGACCGAAUCAGCAGCAGCAUUUUCUCCGACGACUCCGAGAGCAAAACGUUCCCCAACGAGAUCAAAGAGUUGAAGAAAGAACGGCGCAACAGCAAACACCAAGAGGUACCGGAGGUUUUCUCUUUGCCCGACAAAGAUAAAUUCCCGAAGAGUUUUCCGGAGAACACGUCGGACGAAGAGAACAUGGCGGAGAUCAAGAAAGAGCGCGCGGAUCGCAAGAAGCACAAGAAGAAGCAGAAGAAGCAAAAGCACUCGUUCAGCAGCGAAGACCUCAACCGCGUCGAUUGCGUGUCCGACAGCGGUCACCACGACAAGAAGCGGCAACACAGCAAAAAGGAUAAAAAGCGGGACAAAUCCAAAGACGAGCGCGACAAAAUCAAGAAAUCCAAGAAGAUCAAGUCCGACUCCAAGGAAAUCAAGAGCGGCAAAGUCGAGAACUUAUUCGGUUCUCUAUCCGAAGAUUCCGAGAAAGAAGUCAAAGAGAACAUCAACGUUGAACCGCCGAAGAACUCGUUCCACGGCAAAUUUCCGUUGGAAGACAACAACAGCGAUUCGGAGGCGGAUGUCAAGCCGCAAGUCAAAACUCACGAAGAGAAGGAGAAAGAGCGGGAAAAAGAACGCGACCGCGAAGAACACAAGCGUCGCAAAGAGAAGAAACGUCGCGAGAAGCAAGAGAGGCGGCUGCAAGAAGCGGCCGCCGCAAACGACAACAGCAGCAUGGAUUUCGCCGACAUGGGUAAGCAACUGGAGGCGAACAUGUUGAACGACGAGUGCGCGGAAGAACCCGAAGAAACUCCGAACGCUCCUCCGCCCGCGGUUGUGAAAACCGAGGUGGAGAAUGCGGAGAGCAACGAAGACCAUCUGAAGGAGGAGAGGCGGAAAAAGAAGCGCAAAAAGAGCAAGGAGGAGAAGCAGAAACAUCACCACCACCACCACCACAGCGACAAAAGCAAAAUCAAAUCCCCCGAGUUCAAGAAGGAACCCGCGGAAGUCAAGAAGGAGGACGAGUUCAAAAAGGAAUCCACGCCGACGAAAGAGAUUAAAAUCGAAAUCGACGAAGCCAAAACCCACAGUAUGCCCACCAUUCUGGACUUUUCGCCGGAGAACAACCGACUGUCUCCGAGCAAGUUGGACUUCAACAUAUCCCCGAUCAACAGGGAGCCGCUGAUCAGUCCCAUCCCGAAGACGCCCACCUCCUCGAAGGACAAGAAACGCGAGAAACUCAUGCUCGGUUUCGGCGAGAAUGUGCACGAGUCCGCCGUAAAAUCGAUCUCGGCGUUCGAGCCGGUUAAACCGGAAACGCCGAUCAAAGAGGAGGACAUUAAGGUGGAAGAACCCGCCGAAGUGGUCGAAGAAAAACCCAGGGUCGUUAUCUCUCAGGAAGAGACCGAAGACGCCGUUGCGGCCCUGCUGGGAGAGAGCUUCGGCAGUGGGGAACAAUUCGAGGAAAUUUACACCGAAGAAAUCGUCAGUAGUAAAGCUGCCGACGAUAGUAUCGUUCAGGAUGACGAAGAGAUGAGGAAAGCGGUGCAAAGCCUCAGUGCUUCCGACUUGGACACUAAACCUGAUACGCCGCAAAGCGAGCACGAUCUUCAAAUCGACACCGAUACAGAGGAAACCGACGAUAUAUCUUUGAGGUUCGAUCAGCAACCCAAAACGCCGGACAUGAGCGAGAUGUUGGUGCCACCCAAAACACCGGACAUCCCGAGCUACUUCCGCACCGAUUUAAAAGCCACUGCGUCAUCCAUUAUAUUGAAAUCUGGCAUCGGAAGUCCGCCAUCGUUGACUCCCAUCGUCAAGCCUUCCUUGGUUGUCGCUGAACCGCUGGAGGUGAAGAAGAAGUUGGAGAUGCCGGAAGUGCCGAAGAGCCUCCCGAUUCUUCCGGAGCCGCCGAGAAGCAUCGUCGCGCCGGCGGAAAAACCUCUGCCGAACAAAAUCGAGGCGAAACCGGAUGCACCUACCGUUCUCGUAUCCCAAUCGCAGACCAAGCAAAUCGUCGCAGUUACUUCGGCUCCGCUGAGAACGUACUCGGCACCGUCCAUGGUCAAAAUCGGCGAACCGAAUUAUCCACCCUUAACGGCUCUAUCGAAACCCGAACCGAAACCUCCAAACACUGCGGAUCAGAAGAAGAUCGUGGUGCCUUUGCUGAUGCAGCAGCAAAAACCGCGCGGUUCUCAGGACGCCGCAGGGUUUAAACCUGCGUCCAACCCGCCGCCCAGGUUGCCGAUCACUUCGGUGGUCGUUUCGAAACCUCUGCAACCUAGCACCAUCGUUCUGCCGACUUCGAAGACGCUGGAACCGCCGAAAUUGGUGUCGACGAGCGAACCGAGGCCGCAGGAGAUAUCCAGGAUGGUUUUCCAGACGUCCGCCAUCCAGCAAGCGCAAUAUCCGGGCUACGUGCGGAACAUUCCUCCGCAUCCGGGUUUACUGGUCAGCAACAGGUACCCAAACAGCUACAACAUGCCUCCUAAGGAGAAGUUACCUGAGAAGUCGAUACCAUUGACGUCGACGAAUAGCGCUCUGGUUCCAAGCUACCAAAAACCUUUCACGAACGUCAUCAAAGAAACGCCACCUGUCGUAGUGCAGCCCAGCAUAAUCCAAGCACCGGUACCUGAAGUCAUCAAGGAAACGCCCGUAAAAGUAAUCGUGGAUUCCGCCGUAACAUCCACUCCCAGUCCUGUUAUAGUAUCGCUACCGAAAGCACCGACGCCAAUACCUUCGCCACCCAAAGUUUUGUCGCCGAAAUCUGAGGAAAAAGCGGAAAUCGUCGGCAAAGCUUUGGAGAACAUGGAGUCCAUCAGCGAGCAGCUGAACUUGUCGCUGCAAAAGGAAUCGCAAGAGCAAUGCAAAGAAAUCAAGGAAGAAGUGAAACCCAAAGAGGAAGAACCGCCCAAACCUGAGGAAGUGCCGGCGAAAGAGGUCGUCGAAGAGAAACCUCAGGAGGUGCCCGAAAAAACCGACGUUUCCGUCAUCAAAGAGACCGAAAAGUUCGAUGAAGAGAAAGCCGACACCGAAAGCGUUGUAUCGGACAUCAGCAAGGAGAGAUCCAGCGCUGAUAUGCUGUCCAAAGAUGAUCCUCUCGACACCAAGGAGGAUAGCGACUACUGGUCGGCCAAAGAAGUCAACAUUGACUCUGUAAUCAAAACUUUGUGCUCCGCCGACGAGUUGUCCGACCACAGCAAAGACGAGUGGGAGGAUGAAGCCAAACAGAACGAUAAACCUAUUGAGGAGGUGGAAAAGAAGGAAGAAGAAGACGAUGAACCUCCGGAAAAGAAGGAGGAGGAGGAAGACGAGGGUGUCGAAAACGAGCCGACCACGCGCGCCACCAGAGGGCGCGGAGGCCGUGGCAGAGGGCGCGGUAGAGGGCGCGGUGGUGCCACAUCGAAGCGUGGCGGGAAAACCAUCAAAGAACCCGCUGCCGUUUCCAAAAGAGGCGGCCGCGGCGGUAAGCCGAAGAACGAACGCAAAAUCACCAAAUCUGAAUCCGAAUCUCUACCGACCGACGUGUACGAGUUUACGGACGAUAUGGACGAUGGUAGCGCUAAAGAACAGCGCCCGAGGCUUAUUCUUACCAUCAAAUCUCCCGCCAUUGCUGCCGCCGGCGGUGGUAACACGCAGACUGCCGUGGUGAAGGAGGUCACCAAAGAUGGGGCUAAAGAGUUGACGAGCGUUAAGGAGGUUGUUGCACCUGCAGCUAAGGAAGAGUUCGCUUCCCCAGUAUCAAACACCCGUAAGAGUAGAAGAUUGCAGGAGCGCGAUGUAACGAGGAAUACCGUCGACGAUACAAUCGAAGACGUUGUCAAGAAUACGAUUCAAACGCGGCAGAAGAGAGGCAAUCGACACGGUUUGGGUAAGCAGCAACUGCCCCAACCACCUGUUGAAAGUGCGCCUAGAAAAUCCCCGAGAGGUGGUAGAAGGAACAACAGGCGUGCUUCCGAUAACAACGACGAUUCCGAUGUGGAAAAACCUAAGGAAGUGGCGGAACCAGAACCACCCGUUGCUAAAGUUGAACCGGAAAAACCCAAAGAAGUGGCGAAAGUGGAAGCACCCAAACCUGUAGAACAACCACCGGUGGUGAAGGAGGUACCACACGUGGGUGUUAAAGCCGAAAUGCUACGCAGACUGAACCGCGAACAAAACCACGAACCCACAAACCUGAUAGACCCGGUAACGGGCUUAUUAACGCCGAUGAGGGAGUGCGAAGAAGGCAAAUACAUUCCUCUGCCGGGCAGUCUGGAGUCCAGAAAAAUGAAUGCGGGCGCCAAGGUGGCGGCACCUCAACACAAAGUGCCGGUGGACGUUAAGCAACCCAGCGUUAUAGCAGCUCCGCAGCAAGUCGCCCAAGUGGUUCAAGUUGUGCAACAACCCAAACCGCAGAGCUUCAAGGCGCACGUUCUGGCUUCGCAAGCGGCCAAAGCGAUCGUUUCGCAGCAACAAGUGCUACCGCCAAGUUUGGUGGUGACCAAGACCACGGCGCCGGCGCUAAGCCAAGCGCCGAUUCCGCUGGUGAAUUCCGUUCCGAAGGUGUCUGUCGCUAAAGCGGCGCCUGUUGCGGUGCCGGCGAGAUCGCUGCCGCAACAAGCCGUCAUCAACAAAAUUCCCGUCAGUCAGAAUUUGAACGUGAACGUGAGCUUGGCGAUGAGCAUGUCGCCGGCGAAUUUGUCGCCGCGAACGUCGUUGACGGUGACGAAGGUCAAGCAACCGCAGAUGUCGCCGAGCCAAAUGGUGCCGCAGAUGAUGCAGAUGACGAAGCAGCAGCAGCAGCACCUAGCUAAGGUGAUGGCUGUGAAUACGCAGAUGGCGCACGUCAAGCAGCACCAGUUGCCCAAGCAGCAACAUGCCGCUCCGCCGCAACAACAACAGCAACAACAGGUCGUCGGAAGGGCAAAGGGCGGCAAACCCGCGGUGCACUCGAUGCACCCGCAAAUCAUAGCCAACGCGGUGGGAAGCCCUCCGUUGACGAAGCAACAGCAGCAGCGCAUCAUGCAGGGGCCGCUGGCGGGCGCCAAGGGCGUCAUGGAACCGCCCAAGGUGGACGUGAGUCUCGCCAACAUGGCGCUGCCCAGAAGCGCGUCCACUUUGUCGCCGCAAGGGAGGCACAUCGCCGUCCCGGGCUUCGAUACGCCUCUGGGCGACCAAAUAGCGCACUACCCACCGGGACCUUUACGUUCCAUCCACGACUUACCUCCGUACAUGCAACACAUGCCUUACAUACAAUUCCAACGGCCGAACUACAUGUCGAGAGCGCCAUUAGUGCCGGGUAACGUCGAAAAACCCGACGGACAAGAAGGAGAGGAAGCUCCCGUUACAUCUCCACCUUUAGAGCUCAGAAGGAGCGCCAACGUCGGUCUGCCUUUGUCUGGCAGAAGCACCACGGUGCCUCACAGCUUGCACUCGCCACACGACAGAGCUACAGAUUCUCCUCAAGUGGGUCAAGUGUACAACAUGCACACAGCCAGGAUGCAGCACUAUCCGCCGGGCCGUUACUUCGAGCAGGCCGCAGAACCGCCGCCGGCUCACCGACAACUAACCAGCCACACCUUGGCGGCCCUGGAUCGGCCGCUGAGCAGCCACUUGGUGCCCGACAGGCCCCUCAGCAGUCACAUGGUGCCGGACAGACCGAUCAGCGCGCACAUGGUGCCGGACAGGCCGCUCAGCAGCCACAUACCGCCCGACAGAGGCCCGAUCAGCGGCCACCUGCCGGAACGGACGACUUUCGCCGACACCCACUUGAUGGGCGCCGGGCUGGGCGCCGCCGGCAACUUGAUGGGCGCAGUCGCGAGACACCACGGCGCCGACACGCCGACUAGUCAGCGGGGUCUGCAAGCGGCAACACCGCCGCACGCCAGCCAAGUGCCACCUCAGGCAGAGAGCCUGUUCAUGCUGCUAAAGCAAUAUCCUUGCAUGUGGCAAGGCCUUCUGGCGCUGAAGAACGACCAGGCAGCCGUUCAGAUGUACUUCGUUUCUGGAAACGCCACAGUGGCCAAAGACUGCCUGCCAGAAAAUACCGACGGAACGACACCUCCGCUAAGAAUAUUCCAAAGGAUGCGACUGGAGCCGCCGCAAGUCGAAGGGGUGUCCAGAAAAAUGCAGAUGACGAACGAGCACUGCAUGUUGCUCGCGUUGCCCUGUGGUCACGACCACAUGGACGUACUGAAACAAUCCACAAAUUUGACAACAGGAUUCAUCAAAUACUUGCAGGCCAAACAGGCGGCAGGGAUAGUUAAUGUGGCCGCUCCUGGUACUACCCAACCGCCCGCCUACGUGGUCCACAUUUUCCCGUCGUGCGAGUUCGUGAACGAGAACCUUCGGCGAAUAGCCCCGAACUUGCUCGAACGGGUGGCCGAUAUCGCCCACCUGUUGAUCGUCGUGACGACUGUUUGAUAGCACGAGCGUCGGGACGCGAUGGUUUUCGAUUGAUGAUUAAAAAUAACAAAAAAGGCGACCUGAUUCGGCCUUUGAACACCACCACCACCACACUACCGCAAAAAGAAAAGCAAAAACGACUACUACCUACUACUCGAAUCGUGACACUACUACUGCAACUAAAUUUUACUUACUACUUAAACAAAUUGAUGAAAUAUUAUCUAAAUAUUUAAAAGUUUCACUGUGAUUUCUGAAAAAAGCGUUAUAACUAUUAUUAAAUUUAAAAGUAUAUUAAUGAAAGAAAAUGAUAAAAAUAACUUACUACCUAUUAAGAGAUCUCAUACAAGUUAGUUAUGUACAUUUUUUAUUUAGAAGAUUUUUAUUUUUCGUAAAUAUCUUGUAAAUCCCCGCCGCUGUCUUCCACCAUCGCUGCGAUAUUCGCAGGGAUGGUGCAAGAAACGACGCAGGGUAUGAUUAAAAAAAAUUAAGGAGCGGUUUUGUUUAGGACGUCAAGUUUAGAUCGCCGGCUAGUUGUAUCUUUAUUUUUAUAUUUAAUUACAUUGUUGUUAAUUUAUUUAUUUUCCACCGAUGUUGCGCGCAUAUCUCGGCGCUUCCCGCCCGCCCGUUUUAGUUUUACGGUCAAAGAGUUUUAGUUUUUGUUAACAUUAUUUUUUAGUUUAUUCGUUGGGAGUGGGCGGGGAGCGCGGGGACGUCGGCGCAGGGGCGCAGCAGAGAUUUAGACUUGAGGUUCGUUUGGUCGCUUGGCAACGUGGCGCGAUGUAUUUUAGCAUCGCGCCACGUUGCCGGCCCUUCGAACAAAACGUUACCCAUCUGUAGUUUGAAAUAUGGCUAUUAUACAUGAUAAAGCAUAUAGACAUAAUAUAUAAAUAUGUAGCAUAUAUAAUUAUAUGAAAUCAAUCAUUUUUUAAAUUACAAUGUAAUAUAUAUGUGAAUAUAUAGUUUUUAGUUUGUUACUUUAAGCUUUUUUGAGUUAUAAUAUUAAGAUGUUCUGUACAGUGUACUUUUAGUUUGUAAGUAUAAAAAUAGCCAGCGUUACAAAAAAAUAAUAACAUAGGGAACAUUGUGAUGUCUAUACUACUGUAAAUUUUGUACAUAUAUAAAAUACUGUGUAUUGUGAGUAUACAUUAUUAUAACUAUUACGAUAA